CGCGGGAUCACAUUAUACCUGGUUUUAUCGUCCCCUCGUCCUACCGUUCCCGCAGCUGGCGAAAAGAGCGCUCCCCUGGUCAUGGGGUAAAUUACCAGUAAACAUGUUGCUUGCUUCGAUCUCUCACGCAUCUCCCCUCUCCGCAUCUUUUCUUCUUCGUCAGAAAAGCUCUCAUUUUUACAGCCAUGGCUACUUUCCUGGAGCUUCCUGUCUUUACAGAACAAACAUUGGUAAUGGGUUUGGAUCCUUACGUUGCAUUGCUCAACUAUCAGAGCUUGCACCUGCAGCUUCUGCUGUCUAUGGAACGCUCCUCUUGGGUGGAGGCCUUUUUGCCUAUACAAGGUCUGGAAGUAAGGGAUCUUUUAUUGGAGGAGUAUCUGGUGGUAUCCUGAUGGCAACAGCUUAUUUUCUAAUGCAAGUUCCUGAAACAAGAAUUGUUGCAGAUGCACUGGGGUUUGGGUCGGCUCUUCUCUUUUCUGCAGUAUUUGGUCGAGAUGAUCAAUUGCAGGUUUUUUCAACACCAGAAUAACCCUUUUGGGUAGAUUUUAAGGUAUAAGGUUAGCAGCCACUCGCAAGUUGGUUCCUGCUGGUCCUUUGUUGGGUCUCUCUGUUUGUGCUUUAGCUGUGUUUAUCUCAGCAUUUUUACAUGACAGGAUCUGAUAUCGAUGUACCAUCCAGAUAGGUUUUCUUGCUUAUUCUUAUUUGGAACUGAAAAUGCUUGGAUGCCAAUGUGUGCUCUGUAUGUUUUUUAUACAUCGUGCUUGGAACUAUGACAUGGCUUAAUGGAUAUCCAUCCAUAUAUCGGAUUGUUUUCAUCUUGUUUGUUUC